AGCAAGCAUUCUACCCAAAAUUCUUUGCGAAUCAACAGCACCCGGAACGAAAAACGCACUUGAUGGAGCAAUCGCAGGCGAGCUCAGCCUGCGAGACAUCGAGAUCGAAACCCUAUCAGUUCAGUACAUUCAAAUCCUCCCCCGGUCGAGCCGUCGCGACAGAUUCAAACUCUUUAGUUUUGUCAGGUCUCAGUUUGGGGCAUAACGAAAUUGGUCGUAAACACACUAACUAUAAUUCCACUCGUUCCCGCGAUCACCAUCGUCUUCCAUCCUCCAUUCGCGUUCGCGAAACAAGUCCCGAUACAGCGUCGCGACCCCUAGAUAAACAGAGCUACUUUUUUCAUGGGUAUAAAACUGAGAAAGACAUAAAUCGAGAAACUGACGAGUUGGAUGGACUCGGUGCGGUUGGAGGUCUUGGUACAUCCAGCCGAAUCAAUGCACAUGGAAAAGAAGUGUCGACGGACCCUUCCAUACGGAAGAUAAGGUUGGCACACAGAAGUUUGGAUUCUCUUGAGAAUGAUCUUGAUGUCAUAGCAGUUGAUGCCAGAAGUCUAGAUCAUGUACCAGAUGACAACAGACCCAAGUCGUUUUUUCAUGGAAAACAGCGGAGUUUAGAUUCUACAAAACCAAAACUGUCCUUGAAUGGGACAUUGCCCAAAGUAAAAUCGAGUCUUUUUCAGAAAAUAGGUCGUGGCUUUAAUUUUUUAGUCAAAGACGGCAUCAAGGAGCAGAGUCGAGGGCACGAAUUGCUAAGCACGAACGCUCCUCUGACAGCUGAAGAAAGGUGUGAAUAUUACUGCUUGCAAAACCAUCCCCAGGAUCAGGUUUUUUUGGACGGACUUCCCAUUCUUCGGGAUGGAUGCGAGAGGAGCACACUUUAUCAAGAGUCAUCGAGCAACAACCCUUUUGGGCACAACAGUGGAAUACAAGAAGAAAAUUUUCAACAGGAGGGGGACCAGCGGUGUGGAAAGAGUAUAGACAAGUCAUUAAAACGAGGCAAAUUGAAGGAGAAUCAUCUAGAGGAACAGAAUCAGAUGAAGACCUUUCGAGAGAUAAUUCCAGAGAACGACGGGAACAAGACGCCAUUAUCGACAUAUUCGUGCGAAGAGCAGAGCUCUGCGAGCGACAAAGACGUGCUAACUCACGAAACAACGAGUGGACAUAUAGACAGUCUGGAGAUUGGAUAUUCAAUAAGCCAGCUGGGGAGGCAUUACCUUCAGAAUCCGAACAGUCUGGAAAAGACACGAGCGGCAGAAACAAUGGCGUGCGGAGAAAGCUGGGAACGAUGCCUAGGGUGGAUUACAAAAGUGGAUCUAGAUGCUUUGAGCCGGGGUACAAAUUCAAGUGAUUCUCGGAGACACGCGAAACCCCAAGGGAAGUUAGACAUAAUCAAGGGAAUACUUCUGGAUAUCUUUGUCUGCAUUUGCUUUUGAAAGUUCGCGACCUUUUCAAUUAGAAAGAUCAUCAUUCAAGGAAUCUAGAGAUCUUUUUAAUAUGUUGGAGAAAGAUGAUCCUUAAGAGUGAUCUCCCUGGUAAUAUAAAUUUCUACAUGACCAAACUCGUGAUGCUCCACUGGGAUCCUUAGUUCCAAUCGUUUAUUUUCAUGAAUUCAUUAUAGAUUAGGUUGUAUUUAAAACACAAUGGCGCACAUGCACUAGGUUUUAUGGUUUUCGUUCUAGGAUCUACGGUUAUAUAUUCUUAUGUAUUGUUUACAAUUUUAUAUUUACAUUCUCUUGGGUUCGAUUCAUCAUCUUCCUUUGCGUCUCCUUGAUCUUUUUGAGUUUCUUUAACGAAAGGGAUGUAGUUUGAUGUCCGACUUUUUGUGGACGAUCGCGUAACUGCAAUGGAGAUUGUGCAAAGGGAUAACUCGUUAAUCUUGAAAAUCGCGCCAUUUCAUAAGCGAUUUAUUGGGAAACUCGAGAUAAUUAUAUACAAUAUUAUUGAUAAAAGACAAUAAAAUAUCAAUUCGUUUUGAUCAAUGUUGACUAUGAUCAGAAAUGCAUUGUUUCUUGUUUUUUUUUUUUCUUUAAUAUUGUACUGAAGUCUGAAACUGCUACCCAAUAGUUCCAAGUUAGUUUUGUCUUAGUCGCCGUACAAUAGGCGUCAAUGUUUGAUUUCAAAGUUUAAUUAAAUUGUCUAUAUUUAAGAAAUAUUAAUCUUAUAGUUUGCUUUUUUCUGUCAUAUCGGUGUUUUGAAUUUUUUAAUAUUUUCGACAUUAAAAGAGUUAAUAGCGAUUAUUUUCGUUAGUGAAAAUAAAUUAUUAGUAUCCUGUUAACAGUAUAUGUAUAUAAUAAUUUUCUGAAUUAGUUAAUCGAUUUAAAAUAUUUGACUACCCUCGAUUUUUUUAAAGUUGAAGAGGCGGAUUGUAAUGUAAUCGAAAUGAAACUUAAUGAACUAUUAAAAAUCGGUGAAUGAAUCGUAUUAAUCAUAUUACGAUAUAUGUUUAUACUUGGUAAUGUUUCCUGACUGAAAAGCCUUAAGAAUCAAUUUACAUAUCAAUUCAUUACCCAAAUCAGAAGACUUGAUACUUAUUAAAUCAUUAAAAUGUAGAGGACAUUUCUUUUUUAUAAGAAAAAAAAUUAGUUUUCUGUUUCUGUAGUGUUAGCAUAGGGCCAUAGGUGAUA